UUAGUAAACAAACUCAUCACGCGUUUCCAUAUCGAAAAAUCAACAAUUUUCCGCAAAAUUUCGAGAAAUCUUAGAAAUAAUCACGCUAGAAAAUGUCCACAGAAACAGAACCGGUGGAAAAGGAAAAGAAUGCAGCGAAGAACAUAGGACACAUGACGGAAAAUGCUCUGAAAAGGCGAGAAAAACUCUUGGCGCUGAAGCGAAAGAUAAACAAAGAUGCUCCAGGAGCAGAAAAUGGUCCUGAAAAGAAACUCUUCCGGAACUAUGAGUCUGAGGAUCCGGCGAUUGUGACGGAGAAAGCAGAGCCAGGAUGCGUGGAGAAUGAAGUUCAGGGGCAGCUGGAAUCCAUGAAGACGCCCAUCGUGAUCGACGAGAUAGACAUUGCCAAUUUAGCCCCAAGGAAACCCGAUUGGGACCUCAAAAGAGACGUGGCCAAGAAAUUGGAGAUUCUAGAGCGAAGGACGCAGAAAGCUAUUGCUGAAUUGAUUCGGGAACGCCUGAAAACAGGAAAAGAUCCGGAAGAUUUCCUGCAGGCUGUCAAUGCAGCCGCUGAGAGGGCUGCAGACAAAUCGGAUGAAGAUGAAUAGGGGAAUUUAUUGAAAAUAGAGGGGAAAAGGGGGAUUUUUUCUUAAA